AGAACUAGAUAGAUAGAUAGCUACUGGUACUAUAUAAACACCCCACCGUUCAGGUCACGGCGAGGGCAGCUAGCUUUUGCUUCCAACCAGCGGCAGCUAGGCCGCAGGCGGCAUGGCAAGGACGCCAGGGGCAGAUCAGGCGGGGAGCUGGGCGCUGCCGAGCAUCGGCCGCCGCGGCGGCGGCGUUUCCGGCGACCUCCUCCCGGCGUUCGGCGAGCUCUCCCCUACCGGCGGUAACAGCAACACCAUCAACCCUUACGACUGCCGCUACAGGUGGUGGCAGAGUUUCCUGAUCGGUCCGGUGCUCUACUCGGCGUGGUCGUCGCCGUUCGAGCUGGCCCUCGACAGGGCGGCCACCACGCCGGUUGUCGUCGCGAGCCUGGUCAUGGACGCGUUCUUCGCCGCCGACAUCGCCGUCUCCUUCUUCGUCGCCUACUUCGACAGAUCCGCCAAUCUCUUCGUCGACGACCGCAGGAAGAUCGCCACCAGGUACCUCAAGCGGCCGUCGUUCGCGAUGGACGUGGCCUCGACGAUCCCGUUCAACGUGAUCUACCAGCUGGUGAGCGGCAGGAGCACUGGGUGGUUCAGGUACCUCAACCUUCUCCGCCUGUGGAGACUGCAGCGCGUCAGCAAGCUCUUUGCGAGGUUGGAGAAGGACAUACGAUUCGACUAUUUCUACACCAGGCUCAUCAAGCUAUGCGGCGUGACGUUGCUGGCGCUGCACUCCUCGGCGUGCAUCUUCCUGUGGAUGGCGUUCCACCACGGCGACAGGGAGCACACCUGGCUCGGCAGCCAGGUGCGCGACUUCGCGGACGGCAGCGUCUGGGUCAACUACACCUACGCCGUGUACUGGUCCAUCACCACGCUCGCCACCGUCGGGUACGGCGACCUGCACGCCGUGAACCCCGGCGAGAUGGUGUUCGCCACCUGCUACAUGCUCUUCAACAUCGGCCUCACCUCCUACAUCAUCGGCAACACCACCAACCUCGUCGUCCACGCCGCAACCAACACAUUCAAGAUGAGGGACAUGGUGCGGCGGGUCUCGAUGUUCGGGAGCGUCAACCGGCUGCCGCCGGAGCUGAGGGAGCAGAUGAUGGCGAGCGCGCAGCUCAGGUUCAGCACAGCGGAGGUGAUCCAGCAGCAGCUGCUGUCCGACCUGCCCACGGCGCUCCGGUCCCGGGUCGCGCACCACCUCUUCAGGGACGCGGUCCAGCGCUGCUACCUGUUUCAGGGAGUCUCCGACGACCUCGUCGUGCGGCUGGUUUCAGAGAUGAGGGCAGAGUAUUUCCCACCCCAGGCGGACAUCAUCCUCCAGAAGGUGACCUCCACGGCCUGCUACAUCAUCGUCUCCGGCUCAGCGGACGUGUUGACAACAGCUGACGAUGGAACAGAGAAGCUUGUGAUGAAGAUAGGGCCGCAUGGCAUGGCAGGGGAAAUGGGCGUCAUUCUGGGCGUCCCGCAGCCGUUCUCCGUCCGUAGCAGGAGGCUCACGCAGGCCUUGUGCAUCAGCCACAGCCAUCUCCUGGGGAUACUCCGUUCCAACACCGCAGAUGCCAACACCGUAUGCGCCAAUUUUGUUAAGCAGCUCAAAUCUCUCAAGGAACUGCAGGUUGCAGAGGAUGCGCCGUUUUUCGAGGAGACAUUUUCCAAAACAAGCAUGGAUGAGCUUCAGAUCGGCUCCAUCUUUCAACAGCUACUUAACGACGGCGACGCUGCCAGGAUGAUUCCAAGGCAGAAUCAGAAAGCCACCUUCGGCACCGAACAACACGAAGAGACCGCUCCCUGCAUGUUGCCGCGUCGACAAGGCGGACUACGAGUGGUCAUUCAUGAUCGCUUUCCCAGCGAUGGCGCGGAGAAGAACCUGGGCCAUGCCGCGGGGAAGCUUGUCCUCCUUCCGGAUUCGCUGCAAGAGCUGAUGAAAGUAGCCGAGGUGAAGUUUGGGAAGGCGCCGAGGAGGGUGCUCACCGUCGAGGGCGCCGAGGUCGACGACGUUGCCGUGCUAAGGGAUGGAGACCACCUGGUGUUGUGUUGCUAGCAGUAGGACUGAUCAGUUCAAGUAGUACAAGCACGCGCAAAGCGUUUCACCUCUUCCUAUUCUUGAUGUUUUACGAAAGAGAAAGGAGGAAAAUAUAGUUGAGAAAGGGUGAAAAGAAGGGGGGAAAUCUAUGCAUCCUGCUGCAAACCCACUCAUUUUGAGCAAUAUGUACGUGUGUCAUGUACAAUUGUAAACUAUGACAUCUUAAAAUUACAAUAUUUCAAAACUACAUUCA